CUUGAUCAUCUGAAUUUACGGCUCUAUGAGGACCAGAUCACCGCACUUCUUGGUCAUAAUGGAGCAGGAAAAACCACUACCAUGUCCAUACUCUGCGGCUUGUACUCACCAACCUCUGGAACAGCUACUGUUUAUGGCUGGGAUAUUCGGAAAGAAAUUCAGCGAGUUCGAGAUCUACUGGGAGUUUGUCCACAGUAUAAUGUGCUGUUUUCACAUCUGACCGUGGCCGAACAGCUAAGGCUUUUUGCUGCUUUGAAAGGAACCCCAGAUUCUCAGCUUGAUCGGGAAGUCGAGGAAAUUCUAACUUCUGUAUCGCUUACUGACAAAGCUGAUGCACUCGCCAGCACACUUUCAGGUGGUAUGAAGCGUCGCUUGAGUAUCGGAAUCGCUUUGGUUGGUGGCUCUCGCUUUGUGAUUCUGGACGAACCUACAGCAGGAGUUGAUGUGAACAGUCGAAAAGAAAUCUGGACGUUAUUGCAGAAUAACAAGAAGGGUCGUACGAUACUGCUCUCAACUCAUCAUAUGGAUGAAGCUGACAUCCUUUCCGAUAGAAUAGCCAUUCUUUCUGAAGGUCGCCUCAUCUCACUUGGAAGCUCGAUAUUUUUGAAAAACAAAUUUGGAGAGGCCUUUCAAGUCUUCGCUUGCAAAAAUGUACGCGUAAAUUUCCAAAAUCAUUUUUGCAUUUGUUGA